AUGGCAACCCAUUCUGGUCUAGCAGUUGGUCCCAGUCGCGGUCGGACAGUGCGUUCACCGCUCCAUCUGUCCAUUCCGUCCACCAGCCGGGCGGUGUUGGCGUUGCUUUUCGCCCUCACGACAGUUCAGGCUGUCCCUGUCAACCCUGAGGCGAAGCCGGCUGCACCGGAGAAGCCCGAGCGGGACGGGGCUGGCAAGCUGCCAAGGAUCAUUACGGAUGCUAAGCUCGUGCUCGCACCAUUCAACACAACCAGGCUCGCGCAGAUGCUGGGGGACGCGGAAAAACUGGCUGCGGGGCUCAACAAGACUAUGAUCGCAACAGAGCGCUACGUGAAGCUGGCGACGAAGAGCCCCGACCCACUGGCAAGAGACCAGGCGCAGAGACAGACGCACAGCCGACUUGCGGUUUUGCUGGACAAGCUGAAGAAGACAUGGGCGUCCUUUUCGCCUAUGAAGACCUCCGCGGUUACCGGCGAAACCAAACCCACCUCGCUGACGACCGCAGUCAAAGAGGCGGCGACGCUUCCUGCGGCCGGCACGCCGGAAAGCGUGAUUCCUGCGGUCAAAAAGACUCAGCAGUCCAUGGCUGAGACAAGGACGCUGGUCAAGAUGCUAUCGAAGGGCACGGGUGCCAAGAAUCCGGCACCAGGCCGUCGCAGGGGGCUGUCGGCUAGCCAGGUGUCAGUCUGA